UGUAGUUUUAUGUAAGUGCUUCUUAUAUCAUCUUAAUGACCUAUACAGUAUUAAAUUUACUGUAAUAAAACUGUGUCUGCAUUUUAGACAUACCCCACUUAGCACACCCCGUAAGGAACGACCACACGCGUAAAGUGGAACAUUACUAGGCACGUAUCGAUCAAUUGCUAUCGCGACGCGAUGUCAAACUUCAACAAUCUAUUCCUACCUCUAAGUAAAUAAUUCCGCUGCGAUAAUCCGAUCAAUUCUGUUUACCAUCGGUUGAUACAAUGCUGGUCAGAAGUGACCCCGUGGAUUAUGGGUAGAUGCAAUCGGCUUCUAUUUUUAAUGUGUAAUGUGAAAAGCGAUGGCUCCUGGUCAAAAUACCUUUUCCAUUAUACCAGACGCACCAUGUGCCUUCAAUGGCGGCUUGGAUGCUCCUCAAGCUCGUCCCAGCAAACGGCCUAUGACCUCCAAACAGGCCAAGAAAGCAUAUCAGAAAACGAAUAAGGCCCCUAAGCUCUCCAAAGCCGAGCAGCGACGUCAGGAACUCUUCGAGCAAGAUCGCAUACGUCGAGAAUUUGAGAAGGAGAGGAAUCAGGCUCGCGCAAGAGCGGCGCGAGAAAAGAAAAAGGAGAAGGAAGAAAAAGAGCGGGCUGAGAAGAAAAAGAAAGGUUUGCCCUUAGUCGAUGUACGUCCGUCGCAAGCUACGAUUGCCUGGUUUGUUCGUGGUGAUAAAAAGAAGAACCCGGAGAACCAAAAAGGAAUCAAUUCGCCGGUUGCCGAUCACCAUGAAAGCCAUGAUAGCCAUGAGAGCGAUGAGAGCGGUGAUUGCAAUAGCGGUACCCUAUCAGGUGAAGAUGAACCCGAGCCACCGCCCAAAAAGCAAAAAACAGUGCCUCUAGAUACGGAACACAGUCCGAGCUCUGCAGGGAUUCCGAAUUGUUCGGCAUCGUCGCUCCAGGAUUUGGACUCCCGUGGUACUUCGCAAGUGGCUAGCAGCGCAGCUGAAAGUCUGGUUCCAGAACCUCAAAUAGUAGAGCAUCUGACUGUCGAUGCAGAUAAUCUUGCUACGAUGGUACUUCCGGAUGAACUAUUUGAUGAACCAGUUGAUGCUGUAGGCAAUUCACCCAAGAACGACGACGCUGAUCUGGAUGUGGAUUUUCUCCCACAUGAAGAAGAAAUAAUUCCUGAUAGCCCAUCGCAGCCCAAAUAUUUGGACCAUCGUAGCUCCCCGGUUACGACCAAGGAGUUUCUACCGGGACAAAAUGCGAAGGAGAGCACAUUGCCACCAGCCGAUAGGCUCCCGCUCCAAAAUCUAGGCCCAAGUAAGGUCAAUUCAAGAGUUACCAACGCGCCUCAGGAGCUGGGCCUUGAUCAAGCCAAGCCAGUAUAUCACACACCAAGUCCCGCUCCAGACCCCUCAAUACGCGUAUCCGAGAGCAUUCAGCCAUCAACUUCACAAUCAAAGUCCUUCCAGCAGCCCAAGAUCCCAAUGGGACCCCCUGCAAUACCACCGAGGUUUAGAUCUCGUGGUCAUUUCUCAGCUGUGAAUCCGAGGACACCUUCCUUUUUGCCUAAAGCUCAUGCUUCUGGCUAUUGUCCCGCUCCUAAUCCUAACCUCAGUCGAAGUCAUCGUGUACCUCAGAGAUCGCAAGAGGAACAACCACCAACAAGCACUCAGUUGUUCAUGCUCGGGCACCUCGAUGACCUUUUCCCCAGCCCUUCUCAGGAAGUCAAGGAAAUAUUUGGAGAAUCAAAAUCUAAUAUUAGAGGAAAUGACCGCAAGCUAGAAUCCAAAGCCGCAUACACAAGCAAAUCUCCUACUGCUAGGAACUUGCCUAGGAAAUCGAUAUCAGCCGUGUCGAAUCAGAAUUAUUUCGGUUCCGCCACGAAAAACGGUCAGACAGAAGAUGGGAAAUACCCCUCGUCCAUACAAACAAGGGGCUCCCCUUUGCUUCCCACCGCAAACAUCCACUCUUCGGGAGAUUUUGAAUCAUUCGACAUGCCAUUCUUCUCAACACAGGAUUUCCUCCUUUCGUCACAAGAUCUAGAAGACCUUGGAGGUGGGGAAACAUCAUCAUCGGGACUUAAACUUCGGGAUAGACGAGGUAGCUAUAACUCAACCUCAGAGAAUCCGGUACCGAAUGACAGGAUUGACUCAACAGCAUUAUCGUAUCCAUCAACCCAGGAGCAGUCCAGCGGGUCGAAACCGCAAGGUCAGACUGGACUGGAGGGCGACAGGAGCCAAUCAUCUCACUUCCGCCCGGUUAGUGAAGCCACUGGUCUUGGAAGUUCGAAAGCAGUAUGCGAGGAAACCACAGCACUGAAUACACCUACAGAGAGCAGUCGUUCACACAGCGGCGGCUUCAAAAAUAAUAUCCAGUUACAAAAGAAAGCGUGUGACAUGCUACAGGUAGAGAAGAAUAUGGCACCUCUUCGGGCCUCGCCUAAACCAUUUUUUACCUCGAGUCGCCGGGAAGUACAUCGCAUAUAUACUAAAGAAAGGAUAAAGACAAUCGCGUGGGAAAGUGCAUCAACCCGGCGGAACGUACAAGACGAACUGAAGCGUCUCCAAAGAUCAGAAGAUGAGAAAUCAAAGUGGUCAACGCCAGCACGUGCAACCGGGGGUGAAAACGAAAACAGCAGCAAACCUAACGUAUCUAGCUUGGCCUCUCGACCACAAGAUCAGGUUAAGGACCAGUCGCGGCCUCAAUCUAUUAAUCAGCUUUCAAGCUCGGCCGGGGGUAUCCCGAAUCAAAAGAAGGGGGACUCAAUAGAACCACGUCCUCGACUGAACCAGUCACGUAGCCCGUAUGAGAAAAUGUUGGAGUUGCUUGAACACACGGAGAGCCACAAGCAAAAACAGCAGGAAAUAACGGCGUCGCAGGAAACAGACUACGGGGAGGCUGGAUUGGAUGAAGUCCUCAACGAGAUGUUAUAACGCUUAAGUUCUGGCUUAUUGAUACUGGAUUAAGAGCUUCGGAUGUGCACGAUUCAGGGUGCGAGGUCGAUAUGUAUAUAUAAUACAAUACACGGGGUGGGUAGGAUACGGGCGAGCAUAAAGGGGGGCGCGAAGCAUUAUACCCAGCAUGACAGCGAAUUAAUUAUGAGAUGCAUGAAUCAAGAUAAGAAGAAGGCGAAGAUGUGCUAUGUGGUUUGGUAUCCGGAAGGUGAGUAAAUUUAAUGAGCAACGCGAUGAGUUUGCCCAUCUUGUUGUCAGCGGACAACUCAUACAAGGGCAAAUCCUUCGGGUUACCACCAUAUGGUAAGUUAUUACCAUGACUUUCCAUCCUAUAUAGUGUGUUUGCUAAAGUUGCGUAAGUUGCUACCUGUUAGAGAAAUUUAUUCAAGAGAAUGACUAGAAAUCAGACGGCAUAGUCAACCAUGACCAAUAAGUUGUGAGUGGGCUUUCUUGAAGUUGGGUCAUAAGGAAUAGGUGGAUUUGAAAAAAAAAAAAAAAAAAAAAAA